UUUUAUUCAGUAAGGUUGCCGGACUGCCUUAGUGAACAGCAUUUUACAGCACUCGCUUUUUUUCGAUAAGUUUCAACUUACAUUUAUUUUUCUGAUAUCGUUUAUGCAACUGUGAAAUAAUAUAGACGUCGGAAAUUUCGUAGCUGAUUUUAUUUCGUGCGGAACUGUGAAAGAAUAUAGACGUCGAAAAUUUCUUUUUCUUUUCUCUGUUUUUUUUUAAUAAAAUAUAAAUAUAAUUUAAAAUAUACAAAAAAUAAUCAUGUUUGAGAAAAAAAAGCAAACUGAACAUAAGCCGCGAGAUGACGGGGUUGAAUUGGAAAAUCAGUUUAUUAUACGCUUUCCAAAGGAAGUGGCCGAAGGCAUCCAUGAAGCCAUACAGACAGGCAAUGUGAAGGAUCGCCUAUUUAUCAAAUUCGACCAGGAUUUGCGCUAUGGGGAAGUGCGUUUCGAUGACCAAAUGCUCUAUGCCAAACUUGUCGACUUGCCCACUAUUAUGGAAAGCUACAAGACAAUUGAUAAUAAAAGCUUCUACAAAUCGGCGGACAUUUGUCAGUUGCUCAUUUGCAAGGAAGAGCCGGAGGACGAGACUGAAAAGGAAUCGCCCAACAAAAACAAGAAAAAGGAUCCAAACAAGGUGGACAAGAAGUAUUUGUGGCCCCAUGGCAUUACUCCACCUUGUAAAAAUGUGCGUAAACGACGUUUUCGCAAAACUCUAAAAAAGAAGAAUGUGGAGACUCCCGAAAUCGAGAAGGAAGUGAAGCAUCUAUUGCGCAUCGACAACGAGGCAGUGCGUGUCGAGUACGAGAUUAUCAAUGAGGAGGACAAGCCGAACGAUGACAUGGACCCGUCCGAUGUCAAGCCGUACAACGAGGCCGACGAUGAUAUACAGGAGGAGACAAUGAAUGCUGGUGAUAAGGGGGCUGAUGAAGGCGCUUCACAGCGUGAAAUUAAUGUAGAAUCGGAUGAUGAUGAGGCUAGCAAUUUCGAGACUAAUCGUGCUCCCAAUAUGGGUGUCGCUGCACAUGAUAUAUUUGGCGAAGAGGUGUCCACUACAGAUGACGAGGAUGAGCCUACUUUGCCGGGGAAUGAUUCGCGUCUGGAAGAAUCCUCGCGUUUAUCUGCUGAAGACUCACGUAUGUCUGAUUUCUUUGGGGUAAGCGGUAAUAGUCAGGGAGGGGGUGAUAAACAGGGGCAUAAUGAAUUUACUAAGUCCAUGUUCGCUAGGGAGCCGAGCAGUCCCAAGCUGAGUACCGCUGGCUCAAGUUCGAAUCUGGCAGCUCCGUGCGCUUUCUAUGAAAAUCAGAAGAUGAUGAAUAAGCGCGAAGAAUUUGAGAAUUUAGGGUUUAUGGAUGAUUCACAUCCUCAAUAUACACAGCAGCAAAUACAAGACAAAAUAAAUAACCUUAAUCGACAGAUCAGCGACCUAAGGGCACAACAAUCUCAAAAAUCUAUAGAAAUAGGUUCAAUUCAAAAUGCUACACUGAAGCAGCGCAUGCAAGAGACGCUGGAUAAUCUUUUUGCUCAGAUCAAGGAGCGUGAACAGGAGCUUAAGAACUUAGAAAACAUGAUGGAGCAAUAGACCUACCUGAUAACUUUAAUUAUUUAAUAAUUAAUUAUUUAAUAUUUAGCAUAUACUUAAUUACAAUAUGUAUUAUGUGCCACACACAAUACCAAAAUAAAUGUACACUUACAUUUUACACUUACAAUUGAUUGUUCGCAUUAUAAAUAAAUAUUGUGAUAUUCAAAAUA